CACGCAUUAACCACCUUACAAACUUGACACCGUGGGACGUUUGUUUUCUUGUGUUGGAUGAGUAAUCUUUGAUUAACUCCGUCAUUCCUUGCCUUACCCAGUCGUAAUUAGAAAUAAGUUAAGAAAAACGCAACAAAAUGGACUGGCUUUUCGGGAAAAGGAUCAGCCCAGAUGAGAUGCUGCGCAAGAACCAGCGGGCGCUGAACAAGGCGAUGCGGGACUUGGACCGGGAGCGGAUGAAAAUGGAGCAGCAAGAGAAGAAAAUCAUUGCCGACAUAAAAAAGAUGGCCAAGGAGGGGCAGAUGGACGCGGUGAAGAUCAUGGCCAAGGAUCUGGUUCGGACGCGCCGCUAUGCCAAGAAGUUCAUGCUGAUGAAGGCCAACAUCCAAGCCGUGUCGCUCAAAAUACAAACUCUGAAAUCCCAGAACACAAUGGCGCAGGCCAUGAAGGGUGUCACUAAAGCCAUGCAGAAUAUGAACCGCCAGCUGAAUCUCCCACAAAUCCAGAAGAUCCUUCAGGACUUUGAGAAGCAGUCCGAGAUGAUGGACAUGAAGGAGGAGAUGAUCAACGACGUCAUCGACGACGCCAUGGAAGAUGAGGGCGAUGAGGAGGAGACGGACGCUGUAGUAUCUCAGGUACUCGACGAACUGGGUCUCCAGUUGGGCGAACAACUGGGCGACCUUCCCACCGCAUCAGGAUCACUCUCCAUAGCCGGAGGGGCUGGGGCCCAAAAAGCUCAAGCUGCCGUGGUCGCGGGUGGCGGUGGUGCAGCUGGAGGAGGUGGUGGCGGAGGGGCAGCCGGAGGUGCUGGAGCGGCAGGGGGCAGUGGCGCUUCUUCGCCCAUGUCGGAUGCUGAUGCGGAUCUGCAGGCGCGCCUGGACAAGCUACGCAAGGAUUGAAGCCUACACCACUGUAACUGCCUCCCCUUUUUGCUAUAAGAACCCGAUUUGUAUCUCCUACAAAAGCGAAUGUAAUUAAAUCAAGAAGCUUGUUUCGUAUCGAGCGUGUUCGAAAAAUCGAUUGUGAACCGAAAUGGAAACCAACAAGGCAAUUUCAUCUUUAUAGAAA